AUGAUCAAUCCCUUCGAGUAUGAGGAAGAAGAAUUGCUGCACAUCACAUCUGGUACAGUAGCUACUGAAGAAGUUGAAAAAGAUUUACAGUCUGCCUAUGAUAGAGGAGAAGCUGCACUCAUUGCUAUUUGUAAAGAACGUCUUCAAACACGGGAAGUGGACUUGCUCACAAGCAUGAAGAAACUGAAGCUGAAGACGUUUACCAGUAUGUCCAAAACUACAAAGAGUAAAGUCCAUGGAAAGGAGGUCUCGCUAAAGGCAGACAGAAAUCUUCUAGCAAGACUAGUCGUUAUUGGACGCAUCCGCAAGGUGGACCUGCAAGAACUGUUAUCAUACUCCUUGGGACCAGUACCUUUAGCAUUGUGUACAUCACUUGGAUGUCUUGUUAAAACCAACAAGGCUAAGAUGCCACAUAGUCUGGAAAGUCAACCGGAGAAAGCGAUCGUAGAAAUUCCAAGAGGGGGUAUAUAUGUAGUGGAUGCAAUGGCAACGAUCCAGAAAGUGGAUGUAAAGAAACUCCCAGGUGAAAGAACUUUCCUCAACCUUGCACAUGUGCUACUGAGACGCAUAGUUAAUCUGGCAAAAAGGGAAUGGAUCGAUUGAAAUUCACUUCGUUGCAGAUACCUACAGAGAUCAGUCGAUAAAAAAUGCAGAAAGGGCUAAAAGGGCUGUUGGGGGUUCGCAGGUGAUACGCGUCUAUGGGCAGGAAAUUCCACUGCAAUGGAAGAAGUUUCUCUCGUGUGGUAAAAACAAGGAAGCGCUGCUCCAGUACUUGUAUGACACAUGGAAGACAGUGAAUAUGUGCGACGUCCAUGGUGUAAAGGUCUAUUAUGCCCAUGGAAGCAAGUGUGAUAUAUUCUAUGCAAUACCCGGUAACACAGCAGAUCAGAUUGUUGAAGUCCAUGAAGUACUGGAAUUGAAUUCCACACAAGAAGAAGCCGAUACAAGGUUGUAUCUUCAUGUAACUUAUGCAGCCAAUACCUGCUCAGAUGUCAUCAUAGUGAGUCCUGACAUUGAUGUUCUUGUUAUCGGGGUAUCGUUGCAACCACUGAUUGCUGCCCAUCUGUAUUUUCAUACUGGGAAGGGAGCUGAUCUUCGAACAAUUGAUAUCAAAGCCAUUCAAGAAAGCAUUGGUGAUGACGCCAGACAGUCUUUUAUAGGGCUGCAUUGUUUCACUGGGUGUGAAAGUGUGAGUGCCUUCUACGGAAGAGGAAAGACGAAAGCCUUCAACUUACUCCUCAAUGACAAGAACUUGUGCUCUGCAUUCGAAGAUCUUGGAGAACGAUUUGAUCUUCUGCCAGAGAUGGUAGUGCUGCUGGACAAGUUUGUGUGCAAAUAG